AUUGGACUGCUGUUUGCGUCUGCUUUGCAUCUUUACCACACUGGAGACCAGUUGCUACAACUCGGGUAUUAUUGCAAUUAAACGUUCGUUUAUAAAUAACAAUGCGUGCGGUUCCAACAUGGAUAGAUAAAGUACAUGACCGGGAUAAAGUUGAACAAUGCAUUUAUGACCUGGCCUUCAAACCGGAUGGCACUCAACUCAUUGUAGCAGCUGGAAACAGAGUUCUGGUUUAUGAUACAGCUGAUGGAACUCUAAUACAACCACUAAAAGGACACAAGGACACGGUUUACUGUGUGGCCUAUGCUAAAGAUGGAAAACGUUUUGCAUCCGGAUCAGCAGAUAAGAGCAUCAUUAUUUGGACCUCGAAACUGGAAGGCAUUCUCAAAUACACGCACAACGACUCGAUCCAGUGUGUUGCAUACAACCCUGUCACACACCAGCUGGCUUCCUGCUCUUCAGGAGACUUUGGUCUUUGGUCUCCAGAACAAAAGUCUGUCUCUAAACACAAAGUAAACAGCAAGAUCACAUGUUGUGGUUGGACGAAUGAUGGGCAGUACCUGGCACUGGGCAUGAUGAGUGGUGUAGUGAGCAUCAGGAACAAGAACGGGGAGGAGAAGGUGAAGAUUGAGCGACCAGGUGGCUCGUCCUCACCCAUCUGGUCUAUUGCCUGGAACCCUUCCAAGGAUGAACACCAUGAUAUCUUGGCAGUGGCUGAUUGGGGACAAAGGCUUUCUUUCUACCAGCUCAGUGGCAAGCAGAUUGGAAAGGAAAGGCAGUUGAACUUCGACCCUUGCUGCGUCAGUUACUUCUCCAAGGGCGAGUACAUAGUGAUGGGUGGCUCAGACAAGCAGGCAUCCCUCUACACUAAAGAUGGCGUUCGGCUCGGGACCAUCGGAGAGCAGAACUCCUGGGUCUGGACCUGCAGGGUCAAACCAGACUCCAACUAUGUGGUGCUGGGCUGUCAGGAUGGCACAAUAGCUUUCUUCCAGCUGAUCUUUAGCACAGUGCACGGUCUGUAUAAAGACCGCUACGCCUACAGAGACAGCAUGACCGACGUCAUCGUCCAACACCUCAUCACUGAGCAAAAAGUGCGCAUAAAGUGUCGGGAGCUGGUGAAAAAGAUCGCAAUCUACCGCAGCCGACUAGCCAUCCAGCUACCGGAGAAGAUUCUGAUUUACGAGCUGAGUUCGGAUGACUCAUCAGACAUGCACUACCGCGUCAAGGAGAAAAUCUGCAAACGCUUUGAAUGCAACCUGCUCGUCGUUUGCUCCCAGCACAUCAUACUCUGUCAGGAGAAGAGAUUACAGUGUUUGUCAUUUAGUAGCAUUAAGGAAAAGGAAUGGAUUAUGGAGUCUCUGAUUCGCUACAUCAAAGUGAUUGGCGGCCCACCAGGAAGGGAGGGGCUUCUGGUUGGCCUCAAAAAUGGAGCAAUUCUGAAGAUCUUCGUGGACAACCCAUUCCCAAUCACGCUGCUGAAGCAAAACACAUCCGUGCGCUGCCUGGAUAUGAGCACAUCGCGUAGCAAGCUGGCUGUGGUGGACGAGCAUAACACCUGCCUGGUCUACGACAUCCAUACCAAAGAGCUGCUCUUCCAGGAGCCCAAUGCAAACAGUGUGGCCUGGAACACACAGUGUGAGGACAUGCUGUGUUUCUCCGGCAGUGGCUAUCUCAACAUUAAGGCAAGCAAUUUUCCUGUACACCAGCAGAAGCUUCAGGGCUUCGUUGUGGGCUACAAUGGAUCAAAGAUCUUCUGCCUUCAUGUCUAUUCCAUGGCUGCAGUGGAGGUACCUCAGUCGGCUCCAAUGUACCAGUAUCUGGAGAGACGGAUGUUCAAAGAAGCCUAUCAGAUUGCUUGCUUGGGCGUGACUGACAGCGACUGGAGGGAUCUGGCUACAGAGGCUCUAGAAGGACUGGACUUUGACACAGCUAAAAAGGCUUUUAUCAGGGUUCGAGACCUGCGCUACCUUGAGCUCAUCAACAGCAUUGAGGAAAGGAAGAAAAGAGGUGAGAACAACAGUGAUCUUUUCCUAGCCGACGUCUACGCUUACCAGGGCAAAUUUCACGAAGCCGCCAAACUCUACAAGAAAAGUGGCCAUGACAAUAGAGCCCUCAGCAUGUAUACCGACCUGCGCAUGUUCGAGUAUGCCAAGGACUUUCUGGCCUCGGCAGACCCUAAAGACACGAAGUUACUGAUGAAGAAGCAGGCGGAUUGGGCUGAGAACAGCAAGGAACCGCGUGCUGCUGCUGACAUGUACCUUAAUGCUGGAGAGAACAUGAAAGCCAUCGAGAUCAUCGGGAAGCACGGCUGGGUCGACAUGUUGAUAGAUUUGGCUCGGAAGCUUGACAAAGCGGAGCGCGAACCUCUGUCCAGGUGUGCCGAUUUCUUCAGGAAGUUGAAUCACCAUGGUUACGCAGCCGAGACCUACUCGAAAAUGGGUGACCUGAAAGCUUUGGUGCAGCUGCAUGUGGAGGCCAGGCACUGGGAUGAGGCCUUCUCUUUAGUGAAGAAACAUCCUCAGUACAAGAACGAUGUUUACGUGCCCUAUGCACAAUGGCUCGCUGAGAACGAUCGCUUCGAGGAGGCGCAGAAAGCUUUUCACAAGGCUGGGCGGCAAGCAGAAGCAGUCAAGGUUCUGGAGCAGCUUACCCAUAAUGCUGUGGUGGAAAGCAGAUUCAAUGACGCAUCUUACUACUAUUGGAUGCUCUCCAUGCAGUGUCUGGAUAUAGCACGAGAUAUUGGUGAGACGAGGGAGGAGAUGUUAAAAAAGUUUCACAGUUUUCAACACUUGGCUGAGCUGUACCACGUCUACCACUCAAUUCAUCGUUACAUAGUGGAGCCCUUUAGUUCAAGCAUGCCAGAGACUCUCUUCAACCUCUCAAGAUUUCUCUUCCACAACUUGACCAAGGAUGUCCCACUGGGCAUCUCCAAAGUCUACACUCUUUAUGCUCUGGCCAAGCAAAGUAAAGCACUGGGGGCCUACAAGGUGGCACGACAUGCUUUUGAGAAGCUCCAGGGUUUGAAGAUUCCAACUCAGUUCCAGGAGAGCAUAGAGCUCAACUCCCUUACCGUUCGCUCCAAAAAUUACCAUGACAGUGAGGAAUUGAUCCCAAUGUGUUACCGCUGUUCAACCAACAACCCACUACUGAACAACCAGGGCAACGUCUGUGUCAACUGUAGACAGCCUUUUAUAUACUCUGCCUCCUCUUAUGAGGUCCUUCCUCUGGUGGAGUUCUAUCUUGAAGAUGGGAUCACAGAUGAAGAAGCAGUGUCUUUGAUCGACCUGGAAGUACCUCGCAUAGAAAGGAAGGCAUCCCGCUGGCAUGAGACGAGCAGUGGUGAAUCUCAGACACUGAAGCUGGAUGAAGAUGUGGAGAGACCUGACGAAGAUCCCUUCACUGCCAAACUGAGUUUUGAGCAGGGGGGUAGCGAGUUCGUUCCGGUCAUAGUCAGUCAUGCAGUGUUGAGCUCCAUGUCUAGAAGAGAUGUCCUGAUAAAACGCUGGCCCAAGCCACUCCGCUGGCAGUACUAUCGCUCUCUACUACCCGAUGUCAGCAUUACCAUGUGUCCAUCGUGCUUUCAGAUGUUCCAAAGUGAGGACUAUGAGCUGUUGGUUCUCCAACAUAACUGUUGUCCUUACUGCCGCAGACCCUUCGACGAGCCCAACUAGCUCAGCUAAAUGGACUUGCAGCUUUUGUAGAGUCUGUUUUUAUAGGACUUACAGAUUAGCCCUGGCUGAGUGACUCUGAUCCUUUUUACUUGAGAUUUCUAUCUGUAAUAAAAAAGAGACUGUAA